AUGUUCUUCAUCAGGCUUUUGCACAUUGACACAGUGUUGAACGCAACCUCCAUACUGGCUCAAGUUUCGAACACAGCGGACGCCAACUUCUCCCGCGACUCCUUCUCCAUAAUCACCUUCAACCCUUCCCCUCGCUUCUUCGCCACGCUCCAAAUGUCGCAGCCCUUCUUCUCCCACUACUCCGUCGACCGCAAUCUCUGCCUCCGGAUGUUCAUCCCCUCCUUCCGCGGCGCCAUGCUCGAGGGCCGCUUCUUCCCUUCCAUGACCAUGCAUUUCCAGGGCAACGCCGCCCUCAUGAUCCUCCGAUUCGAGUCCCCGAGUUACGAAACGUACUUGAAGCGUCAACUCACGCUCUCGUCUUCGCAAGUGCAAGAUUUGGGACUCGUUGAUCAAGAAAAGUUCUUCUCCAUUCACUCCACGGACUUCAGACGCAUUAUAAGAGAACUGGCUAUAUAUUUUCAUCGUCCAAUUCACGCUACUCUCACGGAUUCACAAGUCAGAUUCUAUAUUGCAGAUAGAGAGAUUGUUCUUACCAAAGAGGGAGGACAUUGCGUAAUUGAAGGUUAUCAAGGAAGAUUUGAAGCUCAAUUCCAAGUCAGUCUCCGUCCCAUGUUAUUUUUCAUCAAUUUGUCAUAUCAAUCCGAAAGGAUAUGGUUUUCGAAGACAACUAAUUCUCGUAGUACUGUAAUAUGUGUCCCAGCUUUUGCAUUUUACGCUCAAUAUGUGAUCUACUUUCCCCAAGUGUGA